UCACUUCGCCCCCUCGAGGCCCGUCCCCAAUUUCCCCUUCGCUUUCUCUCUUCCCGCUCGGCCCCCCCACCGAAACCCGCCGAUUCGUCGAUCGCCGGAACCCUAGGCCUAGCUGAGGAGCUGCCCAUGGCCGCCGCGAUCGUGGGCUGAGGCGGUGCUGUUGUUCCAUGGGGUGAGGAGUAGGCGCGGAGGCGUGGGGAUGGACCCUACUAGCCUGAAGGAAGAAGAGAUGAGGGCGGCGGAGGAGGUGGUGGGGGAGGGCGACUUGAGGGAGGUGGCGAGGGCGGCUGCGGCGCCGCGGUGCCGGGUGGUGCGGAUCAUCGUGCACGACGAGGACGCCACCGACUCGUCCUCCAGCGAGGACGAGGACGAGGACGAGGACGAGGAGGAGGAAGGGGAGGCGGGGAGGAGCGUGAAGCGCAGCCGCGUGCUCCUCCAGACCGGCGGCGGCGGAGGGGAGGAGGACGCCGCGGAGGGGGUGCGGUUCAGGGGCGUGCGGCGGCGGCCGUGGGGCCGGUUCGCGGCGGAGAUCCGCGACCCGCAGCGCGGCCGCCGCCUGUGGCUCGGCACCUUCGACACCGCCGAGGAGGCCGCCGCGGCGUACGACGCCGCGCGCCUCCGCAUCCGCGGGCCGGGCGCCUCCACCAACCGGCCGCCCUCCGCCGACAGCGACCCGCUCCCUCCGCCCGCCGCGCCCCUGCCCCCUCGCCCGCCGCCUCCGCCCCCGCAACGCCUACCUCAGCUACCGCUACUUCCGCCGAAGAAGCAGUACCUUCCGCCGCCGCCUCUGCUCCCGCCGAAGAAGCGGCUGCCCUCCCCGCCGCCUGUGCCGCCGGAGACCGGGAAGCAGGGCGGCGCGGCCUCCUCAGCCUCCCCGCCUGCGCCGCCGCCGUUCUCACCGCUGCCGGUGUGGGCGCUGCUGUCCGGGAAGCGCAAGAAGCGGUCGGGCUGCGGCGGGCGCGUCCCCGCCCUCCGCACCCCCGCCGCCGAGGAGGCCAGCCGCGCCUGAGCCGCCCACCGCUCUUGGCUUCGGUACCAAUCUGAAUCUCUUACUACUACCGGCUCCUCCCCGAGUCGUGAUUGCAAUCGAUGCUAGUGUCGACAAUCUCUGUAACUCUCUCUGAUUCAUGAACUGAUGAUGAUGGUGUACAUAUGCUGCUGCUGCUGCUGCUAGAAGUUGCAGCGGACGAUGAACUGAUCUGAUCUGUAAAAUCUGAUGAACCCUUUUGAUGUGCGAUAAAUAAUAUCCGUUGACAAAUUUUUUUUUUGGAUCCGGGCAAUGUUCUCGCCGUGGAGAUUGCGAGAUUGCUGCUGCUGCUGUUGCAGCCGUUUGUGGCUUUUCGGUUGGAUCCUCCUGCAGUUUUUGUGGCAGUGAAAGUUAUGAGUUCUUUUGUUUAAGAAGACUUGUACUGUAGUCUGUACA